AUGGCUGAUGCCGAGAUCCCGUUGUUGGACGAAGAGAAAAGCUUCUCCGGGGUUUUACGAUCGUUUGCAAUGAAUCCAGCGCUGCCAAUUGCCGUCAUCUUCCCGUUCUUGUACUUCAUGGUCAGGAUCGAUCUCUCAGUUUCUUGCUACUUCUGUCGGCUUGAGAAAGUUUCCUCUUUGCAGGUCCAGGACUUUCAUGUGACCAAGUCGGAUGCUGAUAUCGGAUACUUUGCUGGAUGGAUCGGUUCGUGCUGUAAACUUCCCGAUCCAUUUUUGCUCAUUGAUUUCUCUUCCAGGCUCGUCUUUCAUGGCUGGAAGAGCUCUUACUGGAAUCUUGUGGGGGACUAUCGCCGACAAAUACGGCAGGAAACCCGUUAUCUUCUGCGGAAUCAUGUCAAUUUUCUGGAUGGCUCUGACGACCCGUUUCCUGCUGGGAACUUUCAAUGGGCUGCUUGGAACGAUGACGGUCGGAUCAAUGUGGGGAGUUGGACUUAUACUCGGUCCCGCGUUGGGGGGCUACUUGUCACAGGAGUCCCUGCUGAGAAACUUUCCAUUGAUAUCGUCCAUUUUAGUGUACUGCAUCUGGGCGUUCCACGACAUUGCGUUUUCGGAGACAUUCUCCCUGUGGGCAGUGAGUCCCAAACGCACGGGUGGUCUCGGCUGGACGAGUACAGACGUUGGACAAGCGCUCGCUCUCUCGGGUCUAGCGCUGCUGUUCUUUCAGCUUGUUAUAUUUCCAUCACUUACCAGGUUAUUUGGUCCCAUUCUCCUAACGCGCGCCGUAACCGCAUUGUCAAUACCACUACUGGUCUUGCUGCCGUCUCUAACAAGCCUCGAAGAUACGUGGCUGCGAGUUGUUGUGACUGUAAUAGCCAUACUCAAGUGCUGCCUUGGCUCGGCGGCCUCAACCGCGGCCUUCCUCCUAGUCAACAAUUCCGUUGUGAAAGCUCAGCGAGGAGCUGCGAAUGGUCUUUCCCUGAGCGUGGUUUCCCUCUUCAGAGCAUUGGGACCAGCGGUCGGAGGCUCAGUUUUUGCGUUUGCGCAAACUCGCCCCCAUGCAUCAAUACUUCCUGGCGACCAGCUUUUGUUCUUCUUCCUGGGCGCAACCGCCUUCAUCUCAGUCCUUUCAACCUUUCCACCAUUUUUGCCACAAUCGACCAACAAGCCAAUCAUAGAAGACGAUUUUUGAUCGAGGAUAUCAACGAUCUAGUCAGUGUAUAUUAGAGUAUAGAAGAUGAUUUUUUUAUCUCUCAGCUACCUUGUAUCUAGUCAGAGUAUAUACAUAUACUAUGUGGGGUUAGCACAUGGUUCCAAAUGAUUUUCUUUA